CUCCGAGGCAUUAAUCGCAAUCGCCCUAAAGUAGGCAACCCGCAGUCAACCCGCCUGAAGGUAUGCAAAAAGUAUAGCAUGCCCCCCUGGAAGAAAAUCCUGGGGACGCGCGCCUGAGAGUUAUCAAUCAAUCAGACGGGCAAUCAAAAUUUCGACAGCCGAUUUUUAUUAAUUCGCUGGUGACUUCCCUCGCAGCGCUGUAGUUGUUGCACUCAAAGAGAAAAUGAUAUCCUCCCUCUCUCUCUCUCGCACUCGAAGGAUAGCAUUGGCGUUCCCCCUCGCCCCCCUCGUACAGCAGGCUGUAGUGGCGAUUUGACACACUCGCUGGGUAUCAACAGAUGGUGGUUGUCUGCCUUCGACUUACAACACUUGGAGCCCACUGUGACCAGUAUCCGUCGAUUUAUCAGGUUUAACAGUUUAAAGUGCGUUUUGGAUUUGAUAAACCAUGGCUUCAACCACCUCACCACAACCAGUCAAUGAAGAUGAUUUGAAAGCAUUGAAAGAAAGGAUGAAAAUGAUCUCUGAUGCUGACCCCCAACAGUACCACAAUGACUUUUCUCUUAGACGGUAUCUGCGAGCAUUCAAAACAGUUGAUAAUGCAUUUAAGGCAAUUUUGAAGACUAAUAAGUGGCGAGUUGAGUAUGGUCUGUCGGAAUUAACAGAGUCUAGUCCUCUUGUUCAAAAGUUCAUGGAUCAAAACAAAGCCAGAGUACUGAGGCAUCGUGACAUGAAUGGUCGCCCAGUAGUUUAUAUCCCUGCUAAAAAUCACAAUGUAAAUGAUAGGGACAUUGAUGAGCUCACAAAGUUCAUUGUGUAUUGUCUGGAAGAGGCAUGUAAGAAGUGUUUUGAAGAAGUUGUGGACAAUUUGUGCAUCGUUUUUGAUCUCAAAGAUUUUGGAUUGAGCUGCAUGGAUUAUCAAGUCCUGAAAAAUUUGAUCUGGCUUCUUAGCAAGCAUUAUCCUGAACGUCUCGGCAUAUGUUUGAUACUAAAUGCCCCUGCUCUCUUUUCUGGUUGUUGGGCUGUAAUCAAAGGAUGGCUAGAUGAAAAUACAUCCAGUAAAGUUCAAUUUGUUAAUAGUGAAGAGGAACUCUGCAAGUACUUGAUACCUGAUAUUCUUCCAAGUGAUGUUUAAAGUACUUCGCUUGCAAAGAAGACAACCUACCCAAAUUUUUAAAUCUUAUAAAAUUUCACAUCCUAUCUUUUCCUAAUUUUAAAUUAAUUUACAGUAGUCUUAUAUUAUGGCAAGUUCUUCUUCCAUUGUUCUGAAAGGGCACAAUUUUUUCCUUGACUGUUUUCUGUUUUGUUUUUUAUUUUAAAUAUGUUGCUCUCCUGCCAAUGUUAUGUUUUUUUGUUUUUUUUGCCAUAAAAAAAGCUGAGAAAAGUCCCUGUUAGCUAACAUACUACCACUGAAACAAACUGUAUUUAAAAGUUCUAGGCUACUUUUGUCUGCAUUGUCUAUGCCAUGUUCUUCCAUUCCUUGUGCAUUGUAAUUUAACUGUGUUCCAAACCAUGUAGUAUUUUUUGAACCUAAAGUAUUGGCUGUAAGAAGAAACGUAGUCAGGUAACACACUGUGAAAGUUUAAAUCUUUUCUAGGUCAAUCUCCUGUAGAUCUGUGAUGAAAUAUAAUGAAAGUAGAAUAGAAUAUGAAUUUGUUCCAAGCUUGUUCAUAACUGCUGUGUGACCUUUUGCAUCAUUUUAUAAUUUAGUAUCAGCAUUUUCUCUGUGUGUGUGUAUGUGUGCUUAAGUUUUGUUUGUACGCUACUUUAACCUUUAUUUUCUAUACUUGUUUUGUCCUAAAAAGGGCCUGCAGAACAUGAGACCUCAUGGUCUGAGGCCCAACCUGAGCCCCCAAACGUACUCUGACUUGAGGUCAACUGAGUGUUGGGUUCGAGUUCUGGCUUAUCUUCUGUGUCCCCAAAAGAGGAGACAAUGUUCCAUACUGGUAAGAUUUAUUUUAAAGUCUUACUGUGAAAGCUAGAGGUCAACUUAGACUUGGUUUUGAGUUGACGGCUCAUCUUCUGUAUCCUAAAAAAGGAGACAAUGUUCCAUACUCUUAAGAUUUAUUUUAAACUCUUACUGUGAAAGCUACUACAGUACAACCAUUAACUUUUUAAAAUGUCUUAAGAAUUGUAUGGAAUGUGCCAUGUUGCUCUUUUUGUUGCAUUUUCUUACUAUUAACUCAAAUAUGUAUUUAUUUUCGAGGGUAAUGUCAGAAAACUUGAAUCAAUGGCCUAUCAGAAAAAUGUUAUAUGCCAGGUAACAAUUGACUCGUGUUCCAUUAUUUUUGUCCUUUAAAUCAGAUUAUUUUAGACCUCUGUAUUUUAAGGUAUUUAAUCUAUUUCAAAUGUGAAGAGAGAUAUUGUUUGUUUGAAACGGCUUGCAACUUAAAUGUGUUUAUUACUUGUUACGUGCUUGCUUAGCAGCCAAAAUUGUAUAAGCACCUCUAUGCAUUGCCUUUGCUAUCUAUUGCUAUGUACCUUUGCCAUUAGUUUGAUAAUUGAAAGUUACCUGACUAGUAGUUCUGUUCUUGAAAACUACUUAAUUUUAGUCCUUAACAUCACCUCUUCCGUUUUCUCACAUCAUUUGUUGCCUAAACAACGAAAUUGCUUCUAGUAUAAUUUUCUAGCCCUUAUGAAGAAAAUCCCGAUCAUUGUUGAAGGUUGUUAAAUUCGAUGGCUGUUUCAUCUAUUUUGGAAGCUAAAUCAUUUGUUCUACUUUUUUGCAUUUGUGUCAUGAUGCGCUCAACAAAUUUAACUGUAGUACAUAUAGAGCACUGCAGUUUAACUUUUCAAGUUCAAUUCUGUAUGAACAACUUUGUUGGUAAACUUGCCAGCAUUCCCUUAUGCUAAUGCACUAGAUCUGCAUGACUGAUGUGAUGUACAAUCUUUUAUGUUCCUGAUGUAUGUGGACAAUUAUCCCUUAUGCACUGUCCCAGAAAUAAACGAUUUGAAAAGCCAAA